CUCAUCAUUUGGAUGGGUGGCCAAAUACUUUUGGCAAUAUAGUGUAUAUUUUUCAUCACGGAAAUGAACAUCUUCAAUAUUAAGGUUUCUCAGACAAGGGGUAUUAUUUGAGUAUAUAAAACAUCCUCAAGGUUGCAAAGGUAAAAAAAAUAAUUUUCAAAUUCAGUGCUGGAUGCUUUGCUUACAAUGGCCGGCAGAGGGCGCCGCGCACCGGGUCACUGCAAAAAGGCGUUAUCCGCUGAGCGACUUCGAUCCCUAGUCCAUUUUUGUUUUUUACCCAAUUUCACCAGCCGACCAGCCCUCUCUACAAGUGCGUGGUUUUAAACUAGCAGCGCUCACCAGUUCAUCCCAGUAGGUGUCCACUGGCGGAGGAGGAAGUUGGAGGGCGUGUAAGGGUUAAUGGCGGAAAGGCCUCGGUCCACUCAACCUGUCAUCGCCAGCCAGAAAGCAGGAAGAAGAAGACCCCGAAUCGACGCCUUGUGAAACCGGCUGACGCGCAUCCUCAGGCCGCCUGUUGGCGUGUGUCGUCUCGGUGUGUGCUUUCAGCAUCCUCCGUCACCACCUUCACCAUCACCACCACCACCCAGAGGCGGAGUCGCCAACAGACGCCAUGAAGGACCGCAUGCAAGAACUUCGACAUGGUAAGGAGACGACGGAGGAAGAGGACGAAGUGGCCGUGGGGAUGGACAAAGGGUUCAUGGAUGAAUUCUUCGAGCAGGUGGAGGAGAUCCGUGGUUUCAUCGAGUCUCUGGCAGAGAAAGUUGAGGAGGUGAAGAGGAAACACAGCGCCAUCCUUGCUUCACCCAACCCUGAUGAAAAAACUAAAGCUGACCUGGAGGAUCUCAUGGCAGACAUCAAGAAACUGGCCAACAAAGUGCGCUCCAAACUAAAGAGCAUUCUGCACAGUAUUGAGCAAGAAGAAGGUCAGAACAGGUCAACAGCGGAUUUGAGGAUACGAAAGACGCAGCACUCCACCUUGUCCCGCAAGUUUGUGGAGGUGAUGUCGGAGUACAACACCACCCAGUCGGACUACAGGGAGCGCUGCAAGGGACGCAUUCAGAGACAAUUAGAGAUCACUGGAAGAAAUACGACAAAUGAGGAGCUGGAAAGCAUGUUGGAAAGCGACAACCCAGCUAUCUUCACAUCAGGGAUCAUCAUGGACAACAUCACGGAGCAGGCGAUGAACGAGAUUGAGACGCGGCACAAUGAGAUCAUCAAGCUGGAAAACAGCAUCCGAGAGCUGCACGACAUGUUCAUGGACAUGGCCAUGUUGGUGGAGAGCCAGAACAAAGCAGCACUCACCAGCUUGUGCAAAAAGGGCGAGCUGGUAAACAACAUUGAGCACAGUGUGUUGGGGGCACAGGACCAUGUGGAACAAGCAAAGGACAUCAUCCCCAAAUGCAAGAAGUUGAAAAAGACCAAAAAGCGGAAGAAAAUCAUGAUCAUUAUAUGCUGCGUCAUUCUGGGAAUCAUCAUUGCGUCUGCCGUCGGCGGUACGCUGGCCUGAAGCCUCUGCAAGCAGUCACGUUAGACGCUCACGUUUGAUUAUUUUCCACGAAUGCAAACGUAUUUACACAAAACGUCGGGGCAGGAGUCGUGUCACUUCCUGUAACGAUCCAUCAAGGUAGUUUUUGGCAUGAGUUUCUAUUUUGUAAAAACAUGCGGCGCUGCAACAAUGUUUUGAGUGUUGUCAAAUUCCCCAAAGUGAAACCUUGUAACACGAUCUUUGUACAUUCCAAGUCUGUUUUGACCGAACCCGAACACUGGCAUUAAGUUUUGACAUUGAAAACAAGAUGGACAUGAAGGGGAAAUCUGAAAAAUGUAAUAUUGUACUUUGGUAAUGGUUAUGUAUUUGUGUUUGGUUUUUUUAAAAGCCACGUUUACUGGCACGACUUCUCAUGUUUUUAACUUCCUAUUCAAAGUCAUACCUAAAAAUGUUCAAAUAAAACAAGUCCUGCAUGGUUGAAGUUCA